GGGCGACAGGGGCGUUUGUCGAUGAAUUUGGUUUGGCGUGGGGUGGCGUGGGAGGAGCAACGGAGAAGUGUGGAUCGUUGUGGAUCUGGAUCACGGUCAGCCAAGAUGGCGAACCGCCGUGGAGGCUGAAAAGACCUUACUCGUUCCAACUGUUCGUCGUACGAGGUGUUCGCGCAUUCUCGUAUGAUUUUAGCGCGUCCGUGAAGUGGCGUAGUAUGUCCUCGUACACGUUUUCGCAGAAGCUGUUCACGCCAACGCCACCGGAGCGCGGCAGCUUCCCACUGGACCAUGAGGGCCAUUGCAAGAACACCAUGAUCAGGUAUAUGCGCUGCCUGUCCGAAAAUCGCAAUCAGAACACGAUGUGUCGCGACAUCGCCAAGGAGUACCUCGGCUGCCGCAUGGACCAUAAUCUGAUGACGCGCGAGGAUUGGUCCAAGCUCGGCUUCACCGAUGAGAUCAAGGGUGCCAAGGAAACGUAACGUCGAUAUCGUUCACGAGAUAGCAGAUACCCUAAGAAAGGAGGGGUCGUCAUAUCUUUAUCGUCGUCGUUAUCAUUGUUGUCGUCUUGAGUCUCUUCGAGAGUGCCUGGUACACUUUGUUUAAUCGGUGCUCUUGGAACUGUCGAUGUAAAUAAGAUGCCAUUACGAUAAUUCAGUGAUUCAGUGUGUUCAAGCGAUUAUACGCACUGCCAGCCUGGUGUAACAAGGACUUCCUCUCAGAGUUGAGAAAAAGUAACAAUAAGGACAAUAGAUUUAAAAAAGACCAAGAGAGAGAGAGAGAGAGGGAGAGAGAGAACUGAACGAUAUUAAAAACCCGUGUAUCUAUCUUUUAUUUUCAUAAGAAAGAAAAUUAAAAGUUCGGUUACAUCACCCGAUACUCAUUGGAUCGGUCUUCUUGAGCUUUAACGUAAAGGCAUUCUUGUAGCUUGUUAUGUGGUUGGAUUGUGUUGCAACCCAAGUGGCCUAAGAGAAUAAAUAUCCUUUAAAUAA